GGAAUAAAACAUCAUGACAUGUACUUUGUUGACGGCACAACCCCUUCCAUGGACAUUGUGGACCGGUUCCUGAAUAUAAUGGACAGGGCCGAAGGUGUUGUGGCGGUGCAUUGCAAGGCAGGCUUAGGUGAGUUGGAGAGAGAAGGUCUGUCGUUUAUUGUUUUGUAUUUUAUGUGUAGGUCUGUUGUGCCCAUCGAACUGUACAAGUGA